AUGGCUAGGAGCAUGUCCAGCUACUCCAUGUCUUCGGACUACUUCAACGGCUACGCUUCCAACUACGAGGAGAAGCUUCUCAACACUGUCUGGAUGGGCAUUGUCGGAUUGGAGGUCUUGAUGGUUCUCGGCGUCGCUGCCCGCGGCAUCUUCAGACGGCUCAGCCCACACCUCAAGCUGCGGUCACAAUGA